AUGAAAACGAGCUUUUAUUAUUGCGAGUGAGUGAGAUAAAAAAUAUAAAAUAAUAAUAAUAAUAACGCAAUCUUAAAACUUUAUAAGUAAUAAGGCUGCUGCUAGCGGCCAGAUAAAACUUUAAUUAGGGCAAUAAUACUGACGCAGUUCCAUGUUGCAUGUUUGCAAGAUAGUUUAGAUUUAGACUUGGGACACUUGCAGUGUGUUUUUCAGAGAAAAAAAUAAUGAGUCCAAGAAAGAAAAAGGUUAAACAUUCUCCCACUAAAGAAGAAAACGAUAUAGAUAAUAGUUUAAAGCGGGAAAAUUAUCCUGAAGAAUCACUUGCAAAACGUAUCAAGACUGAAAAUCAUAAGGAUGCAGACUUACAGGCUAAAAAGAAGCAGAACUUCAUGGAAGCCUGUAAAAAAGUGUCUUGCAAGGCUUACUCUGACUAUAACACCAGAUUCUUAGAGACAUAUUUACCUAAUUGUUUGGACAAUGGUGGUUGCAAACAUCAUGAUAAGAGUGCAGUCGCCAUCACUCAAAUGCCACCCCAUAUCGAACAAUCAUUCUCAAUAGAAAUUAAAAAUAAAGCAUGGUUUGAAGCCUUGGAUGUGUGCAGAAUAUACAUAACUCGUGACAAGUAUUUAACACCAGCAGUAUUGCAAGAUAUAGUUGAAAUUAUAUUAAAUGCCCAUCAAGACGAUUAUGAUGACCACACAUUAUUAGAUGUCAUUAUUAAAGCCCAACAUGUACUGUCUUUACACUUCAGCACACACCCCCCUUGCCAUAUUAAAAGCUUAAGAACUUGUUACAAAGACUUCCUAACAGCACCCAUGAGUCCCAAAGACAAGACUUUUACAAAUAGAACACAAUUUGAAUGUAGGAGAGGUAUCGUUAAAUAUUGUAUGAAUAGGUUAGAAGACGAAAUCAGUGCUGAAAGUAAGGAUGGGCCCUUGGUAGACAAGCAAGGUAAAGUGCCCCUACAUUUGUUGAACACAGUAAGUGCUGCUCAUUGGGAAAAUGAAAAGUUUUUAAUAUAUGAAUGCCUGGACAGGCACCAAAGGAUAGAAAGACUGAUGGCUGUUCUUGAAAGUGUAAUAGAAUUAUUGCAGUAUGAUCUGGCCAUUUGGCAUUCAAGAUAUAUCAACAACUUGGGUACUCACAUUAUGAGGUCACAUAAACCCCUAUUGGCAUUUGUUCUGUGGUCUGAUAAUACUGUGUACACCGGUGCAGUGACUAGCAACUGCAGGCAAAUAAUGAAGCUAUUUGUACAUCUUAAUCAUUUAAGAUACCCAGACAACAUGUUGAGGAUAAUAGCAAUGUGGCUAAAUGCAAUGAUUCAAACAUUUUACUUUUGUGAAUCAAACUCAAACAGUGAUUACCCAAAUAUUGGAAAAUAUUGCAAACAAUUUGCAACUGAGUUCCAUAAACUGAUUACAGGUAUGCCAUGUGACUCUAUCAACAGAAUUUUGGACAGAAUUGAGCCACAAUUUAUGAAACAUCUCAUUGGUAUGACCCACAUCAAGAUAUUACAUCCCAUCCAAGAUGACUACAUUUCAAACAUUUUAAUCAAUUUUUUCAAAGAAAGACAAUGGUCAGCAUUUCCACCAGACGAUAAUGAAGUGAUUAUUUGUAGACCACUAUUUUUAAAACCUAUUAAGAUAUCUGGAGUUCUCAAUUUUGUAACAAAGAAAUUUUUUACUCAUAAUGCCAAUGUUGAAGCUGCUAGCAGUGCCAACAAUAUUGGUUAUGCCAAACUAGAUACAGAAAUUUUCGCUGAUAAGAAAUUGGAUGAUAGCCUGAAUCAUUUUGUCCACACCCUGUAUGUGACAUUGGAAGCUUUUUUGAAUUGUUAUGAUGUACAUGCUGUGCAAGAAAUGUGGAACAAAUUGAAUGAAACUCCCAUAAAAGAGAAUGAUAAUCAAAACAAUCCAACUACAUUUCAAGAUGACAAAUAUAAUGUUACUGCUGAAUUCAUCAAAAAGUACAAAGAUAUAAUGAAGUCUAUGAAGGAAUUAUAUAAAGUGUUCAAAGAUUUGAAGAGCAGUGGAGAUAUGCCUGAUAUCUUGAACAUUUUUACUAAACUUCUACAUGAUUGACGUAAAAACUGGUGAAUUAAUUGAUGUGCUUUUUUACGGGGACCAAAUAUCCUAUUUAGAAAUGUAAUUGUCAGUAGAUAACUAGGUAUUUUGGUGAGAAGUAGUUUUAGUACUGGCUAUAACAAAUUAGCCAUGUUCUUUGUUCCAGCUGUUUAUUUUAUUUUUGUAAAUGAUAUUAAUAGUAAAUGUUUAACUGGUUGAUAUUUUAAGGGCCGAUUUUUCCACCACUAGUAAAAUUUUAUCAGAGGAAUAAGUUUGAAUAUUUUACAAUUCUACUAAGGGCCUUGGAGAUAAUCAUCAAAAUUGAUAUUUGACAGUAUUUAGUAUGAAAGAAUUGUCGAAUGUUCAAAGUUAUAGGUUACAAUUUAUCUGGCGCUGAAGAAAACGGUACUAAAAAUUGUCAAACAGUUAAGAGUUAACUGAUGAUUGAGAAAUUGGCCCUAAGAAGGCUGCCUUACAGACGAAAUCAAUAACCUCUCUAAAUUCUAGAAGGUGUACCUAUGUAUAUAUCUCAAUUCAAAAUCUGUUAAUAAUAAACACAGGUAUACUGAUUUCCUGAAGGGUGUCCUGGGCGCUUACUCUUGAAACCAAUCUCAAUGUCAAUGCAAUUUCAAUCCAAUAAAA